AGUGGAUCAUGAAAAACAUGACCACAAAUUAGAGGGAAAAGCUUUGUGUAGCCUUGACCAACAGGCAUGAAUCAGGCAUCAAGAAAAACACGCUAAAGAUCCUUGUCAAAUCGGCUGGUUUUUUUCUGCCCCUCCAUAAAAUCACAACUUUUCUCUUCAUCUCCCUCCUCUCUCCCUCCAACAAAGCAGAGACUUCAUCUUGAUACCUUCCAACCGGGUCUUUGCGUGCCCCAGAGCGCGUACUGAGUAUCAAAGAUGAACCAACAACGCCUUGUUGAGCUUUUGCAAAGCGUGCAGAUUCGUAUGUUUACUAUCUAGGCCAGACCAGUUGGUCUCAGUCUCAGUAUCAGUCACUUUGCUAACCUUUAAUUUCCAGCGGAUACCGACAGACUAAAGGCUACCACAGCUGAGCUGCGAAAGGACUACUACCCUCACCCACAAACCCUCCUCUGGCUCUUGCACAUCCUCACCUCCCAUGAGGACCCCAAAACCCGCCAGCAAGCUUCCGUCGAGGCACUCAGAUUGAUCGAGGCCCAUUGGGCGGCUCAACCUGCCGACCAGAAACCAGCCAUCCGCGAGAAGCUCCUCGAGUUCACACUUGCUGAGCAACAAUCUCUCGUCCGACACGCUUCGGCGCGCGUUAUCGCUGCCAUCGCCAAGAUUGAUCUUGAGGAUGGAGAGUGGGCUACCCUUCCAGGACUUCUCGCGCAAGCCUCUACCUCCAAUGUCGUCUCACAACGCGAGGUUGGAGUCUAUAUCCUCUUCAGUCUGCUCGAGGUAGCUGGUGAAGCUUUCGAAGACAAGAUCCCAAGUCUUUUCUCUCUCUUUGCCACCACCCUCGAGGAUGCCGAGAGCGCAGAAGUCCGAACCAACACCCUCCUCUGCCUCAGCAAAGUCGCUAUGUUGAUCUCACCUGAGGAAGACCCAGAAAACCUUGCUCGUUUUGUGCAAUUAUUCCCGGGAAUGGUGAAAGUGUUGAAAGCUGCUAUUGACGAGGACAACGAGGAGCGUGUUAUGCAAGCAUUCGAAGUCUUCCAGACACUCCUCGGCUGCGAGACUGCUCUCUUGAACACCCACUUCAAGGAUCUUAUGACUUUCAUGAUCGACAUUGCAUCCAACACUGAAAUUUCUGAUGACACUCGAAACCAAGCUCUUUCAUUCCUCAUGCAAGCUGCUCGCUUCCGCAAGAUGAAGAUUCAAGGGACAAAGGAUUUGGGCGAAACCCUCACUCUCAAGGCCGUGCAAAUUGCUACUGAGAUUGACGAUGAUGAUGACGAGGACGACGAAGUCAACCCACACCGAUCAGCCCUUGGUCUUUUGGAUCUCCUUGCUAGCAGUCUUCCACCUAGACAAGUUAUCGUUCCUCUUUUGGCAGCCCUCCCUUCAUAUGUCAACAAUGAGUCUCCACAAUAUCGCCAAGCUGGUAUCCUAUCUCUCGGCAUGUGUGUUGAGGGCGCUCCAGAUUUCAUCGGCACACAAUUGGACUCUUUGGUCCCUGUUGUUCUAAAGCUCUUAAACGAUCCUGUCGUUGGCGUUCGAAAUGCCGCUUUGAAUGGAGUAGCAAGACUUGCCGAUGAUCUCUCCGAGGACUUAGGCAGACACCACGCUGAACUCAUCCCAGCUCUGCUCAAGAACUUGGACUCCGCCAGUGUUCAAGCACCAAGUGAGUCUGAGCAACGCAAGAAUCUUGAAAUUCUCAAGGCUGCUGGUGGCGCCUUGGACUCUGUCACCGAAGGUCUUGAGAAGGACGUCAUGACAACAUAUCUCCCAGAGCUCAUUCCCCGACUAGGAAGACUGCUCAGCCACUCAGAUCUCACUGUCAAAGCAAGUGCUGCAGGUGCAAUGGGAUCAAUUGCUGGUUCAGCCGAGGACGCAUUCUUACCAUACUUUGAGGAAACCAUGAAAGCUCUUUCCGCAUUCGUCACAAUCAAGGACUCUCAAAAUGAGCUCGACCUCCGUGCCACUGCAUGCGAUGCUAUGGGAAGCAUGGCAGCUGCUGUUGGUGGCGCCGCCUUCCAGCCAUAUGUUGACCCACUCAUGCGAGCAAGUGAGGAAGCCCUCCACUUGGGACACCCGCGCCUACGAGAAACCAGCUACAUUCUAUGGAGUACUCUAGCCAAGGUGUACGAGGAGGGUUUCACACCUUUCCUUGAGGGUGUCGUCAAGGGACUCAUGGAGAGCUUAGAACAAGAGGAGACCGAUUUGGAUGUUGAGCUUGGUGAGCACGCUAAGGACCUUGUUGGACAAGAAGUUACCAUUGGUGGCCAAAAGGUCAAGGUAGUUGCGGCCAACGACGAUAUCGAGGAUCUCGAUGGUAUGGAAAAUGAUGAUGACGAGUUUGAUCCCGAUGGAUUUGGUGUUUCCGCAAUUGCUUUUGAGAAGGAAAUUGCCAUUGAAGUCCUUGGCGAUGUGCUUUCACACACUCGAAAGAACUUCGUUCCGUACUUCGAGAAGACAAUUGAGUCUGUUAUGGGCUUGGUCGAGCAUCACUACGAAGGUGUACGAAAGACGGCAAUUGCCACCUUAUGGCGAGCAUACGCUUGUUUAUGGGCUUUGAUGGAGGACCACACCGGAGUAAAGUGGACUCCUGGGUUACCACCUAAUACUCAGCCUUCUGGGGAAGUCCUCAAAUUGGGCGAAGUUGUCACCGCCGCCACCCUGUCCUUGUGGGAAGACGAAGUUGAUAGGUAAGCUCAUUCCCCAAUUUUCUUUUCAUUCUUGGAAAUGAUGAACAACAUGACGUUAUCCCAGCUCACUCAGAUGCACAAGUUGCAAUUGCUGAGAAAGCGUAUCAACAUUCUGAUCCAUUGCAAUCAAGUCUUUCUAUACUUUACCAAUUGUAAAGUUGCAAAUGCUGACAUUGCGAACCAACAGAUCCGUUGUCACCGAUAUCAACCGAAAUGUGGCUGCAACCUUGAAGCUAUGUGGUCCCGCUAUCCUAGCACAACCAGAUUUCGCCGAUCGAACCAUGACCAUCUUGGCCUCAAUCAUCACCAAAUCACACCCUUGUCAACAGGACAUUGGCGACGAUGAUGACCGUGAAGCCUUAGAUGACGAAGAGUCCUCCGAGUAUGAUUGGUUAGUUAUCGAUACCGCCUUGGAUGUUAUUAUUGGAUUGUCUUCUGCUCUCGGUGCCCAGUUCUCCGAGGCAUGGAAGAUUUUCCAAAAGCCAGUGAUGAAGUUUGCAUCAUCCCAGACCAACUUCGAGCGUUCUACAGCCAUUGGAGUCAUCGCUGAAUGCACAGCAACCAUGGGUCCUGGCGUUAGUCAAUUCACUGAACCUCUCCUGAAGUUGCUCUUGCACCGCUUGACGGAUGAGGAUAUCGAGACCAAGUCCAACGCUGCCUACGCGAUCGGUCUUCUCGUUUUCCACUCCACAGAAUCAAACCUUUACCUCCCUGCCUUCAAGGAAAUCCUGACCAAGCUGGAACCCCUUCUUCAGACUCAGGUUGCUAGAACUUUGGACAAUGCCUCUGGAUGUGUCUGCCGCAUGAUUAUGGCUCACCAGGAUCAAGUGCCUGUCGCUGAAAUCCUCCCCAUCAUUGUUGACCUGCUUCCACUGAAGGAGGAUUAUGAGGAGAACAAGCCCAUCUACGAGUGUAUUACUGGCCUCUACGAUCACCAAGACCCAACCGUCAUGAGUUUGACCCCCAAGCUCCUACCCGUUUUCGCAGCCGUCUUGGACGAGCCAGGCGAGCAAUUGGAGGACGAGACUCGCAGCAGAAUUGCGACAGUUGUCAAAUUCAUCCAUGGAAAGGACGCUAGUUUGCUCCAGGGAAACCCAGUUUUGAUGAAGUGCAUCUAAACCCGAGGACGAACUCGACGACUACUACGACUUUGAUGAUGGGAAGGGAAAGAAAAUAAUGUGCUUGAAUGGAUGAAUGGUGUCAAAAAAACUGGGAGGGAUAUGGGAUGAUGAUAUGAUUUUUCUUUUAUUACAAGAAUAUCAAGAAUGGAGGAACCGUCAAUCUUUUUUUUCAACAUACCCCCUUGCUGAUCUCUCUGCUGAAGAUUUGGUUGGCAAUUCGAUUCUUUUCAUGGUGGGGUUUGGAAUUUACCUUUGAUGGAUUGGUUCUCUCGGGAUUCGUUCUUUUUUAUUUUUGUAGGUAGUUUAGUGUUCGUAGUUGGGAUACCCCAAGACCGCGUGGAACGUAGUUGUUUACAUAGCGAUGAGAAAGAAAGGAAGAAAAGAAGUCUAGAGGAAUACAAAGACUACUUUUAACAUGACAUAAUA